AUGACCACACAAAGAGAUACUAACGCAAGUAAAAGCUGGGUCGACAUAUUACGAGAAAAAGCGUCAGAUGAUACAAGACAACUGGAUGCCCCACAGUAUCACAAGCUAACUGUGACUGAGUCGUUGCAAUUUAUAUUGCAAGUGUUGGAUCAAGGAACAACUCUUUUCAAUAGUCGGUCGAUAACAAAGUUGCUUAUCGCGUUGGAGGUUUUAAAAUCGUCACCAGACUAUCAAGUCUACUCAAGCUACAACGAGCUCAAAACAAACACAUCACUAAUCACUGUGCUUCUUUAUUCAAAUUAUUUGCUUAGCCAUAAUGUCAGCUCUUUUUACAUGGAUUCAUUACCAAGCCCUAUACUGUCAAGGUUUAAAACGUUUGAGUUAUCUCCAUUGUCCAAACCGGAGGAGUUUGUUACCAAUCCAUCAGACUUGUUGAAUGAAAGUCAGAAACCGGAAAAAAUGUACUUGCUACAAAUGCAUGUAUUGGAGCUUAUAGAUCACUAUCUUGAUUUGGAGUGCCAAAAUCUCAAUAAUGAGAUAUCCCCCAUGCAAACCAAGUUGUUCAUUUCGUUCUUUAAUUUGUUGCUCGCGAGUCUACUUUCCACACCUAUCUGUUGCCGGGAUUACAAUCAGAUCAAAAAGUCUUGCAUUGAGCAACAAAUAACAGCAAUUUUCAAUAAAGCUCUCAAUUUGCAAUGCGAUGCGGUUGACACGUCCAGACUUUGGGUUUGUUUAGUCAACUAUGCCAAUGACAUUUGCUAUGGCGACCUCAGGUUCAUAAACAAUUUUGUUAAACUUUUUCAAGACUUGUUGUAUAAAAAUAGAAAAGUGUUGAAAAAUGAGCUAGUUCACAGUGGAUUACAAUUUUUCGUGGACACGUUCAAGCCAGAUCAUGUUUGGUUCGAAGUGGUUGCCGAUGCUGUUGCUGAUUGUACCAUAGAGUCCUCCGAAUACAAGUAUUUGUAUAGUGUUUGA